AUGUCUUAGAUGUUGUGUAGAAACUGUCUCAUGCAAGAUAUGGUUUUUUUCUCUUUGCUCAUUUAUUCACUUGCCACAUUAUUUUUUAGGCAAAAUUUACCACAGGACAUGCAAAAAACGUGUAAUUGGCUAAAAGACACCGUGAAAACAUGACAUGGCCGAUGGACCUAAAAAAACAUGUAAUUGGUUGCAGGACACCGGUCACAUUUUUUUAUUAUUUCCAGAUCAAAAGAGGUGAGAUAUUUUUCUACAUGCCUGACUUGCCCCUUCUCUUUCCUUCUUUAAACACCGGUGGGUCCCAUGUGUCAUGGACAGUGUAUGUUUAAUCUAAUUUUUAAUAGGUUUUUAACCACCAGGCCCCACGCGUCAUGGACUAAUUUGUUCCUAAUUAGUAGGGUGAUUACUAUUUACUAACCAUAAGUGGGGCCCACAUCUCUCUCCUAUCCUCCUUCUUCCUCACGCACGUGGCGGAGCAGAGGAACAGCGCGCGGCCGGCCGACGGCCUGAGCUGGGACGGCUCGGCAUGCGGCGAAAAAAGCGGCGGCGCUCCGCCGGGGUAUCACUGCCGGCGACGGCGAGGACCAACGCCGGGAUCUCCUCAUUCAGCGAGGACCAACGCCAUGGUGACGAGCAGCGCCGGGAUCUCCUCGUUCAGUGAGGACCAACGGCCAGCCUCACCUCCAUCCUCACGGUGCAGCAGCUGUCCACGGACAUCCAGGGUCUGGACGGCCUCAUUGCCAGCUCCGACCCCAUCGGCUUCCAGGUCGGCUCCUUCGCCAAGAGCUACCUGAUGCAGGAGCUGGGCGUGCCCGAGUCCCGCCUCUGGGAGCUCGCCAUCACCGACUACUCCUCCACCCUGCAGAGCGGCAUCGUGGCGGCCAUCGUCGACGAGCUGCCAUACGUGGAGCUCUUCCUCUCCAUCAACUGCCAGUUCAGGACAGUGGGGCAGGAGUUCACAAAGAGCGGAUGGGGAUUCGCUUUCCAUCACGACUCCCCUCUGGCCGUGGACCUUUCGUCGGCUGCCGAGGAGGAGGAGGGUGACGUGGCCGCCGAGGAGGAGGAGGCCGGAGAGCGAGGUAGGUGCGGAGGCAAUCCGAUCUGAUGAAUUGGCGGAGGCGGCGCUCCAUGGCAGGGGCAAUCUUGCCAUUUGAAAAAUAUUAUCACCUCUUUUGAUCUGGAAAAUAUAAAAUAUUGUCUCUGGUGUUCUAUAACCAAUUACACAAUUUUUAGAGUGUCAAUCAGCCGUGUCACAUUUUUACGGUGUCUCUUAGCCAAUUACGCGUUUUUUUCAUGUCCUAUAGCAAAUUUUGCCUAUUUUUUAUCAGAGGUGGCAGCUUAUUUUAUACCAUAGACAUCAUCCUAGUCAGAAAUGGCCUAUAUAUAUAUAUAUAUAUAUAUGUGUGUGUGUGUGUGUGUGUGUGUGUGUGUGUGUGUGUGUGUGUGUGUGUGUGUUGUGUGUGUGUGUGUGUGACCAUUUACAUUUUUUAAAAUUUUGAUAGUAUUGGAUGUACUUAGUUUGAUUUUGUUUUUUCCAAAAAUUUACGUCUCUAUGAGAACAAAGUUUUAAAAUUCCCAAACUUUAGUAAAGAUGUGAGAUAAUGUUUAGUUCAUUAUCCUACUAGCUAGGCUGUGUAAAUCUAAUCAAUUUAUACUUCUAACUUAUAUUUUUAAAAAAUAUAUAUGUUGGAUCACCUAUAUAAAAGUUAUAAAAUAUUUCAUUUUUAUGAAAUACUCCCUCGGUAAAAAAGCCUAAUUCUGGAUUUGAAUAUGGACAUAAUGUAUGUUUGGAUUGUAAUCUAAAAGUAGGUUUUUUUUUUUUGGACGGGAGGUAAUACGGCAGGACUAAAAAGGAUGAUAAAGUGAAUGCACCGUCUCUUCUCGUGGGCACCGAUGGAACGAUCAUCCCCGCCGGCGGACGGACCUGAGCACCGUUGAGACGAGGAGGAUGGGAGGAAGGACGGACCGGGCACGUAACGCGUUUGGGCCACGACAUCCCAUUGAAUUCCUCGCCCAACCUCUCGAUCUCUCUCGCCGUACGACGCCUUCUUCUUCUUCUUCUUCUUCGGUUAGGAGAAGUAUAGUACUGUACUGAUUUGAACGGCGGAAUGGCAGACGACGGUGGCUGGCUAGCUAGGGCUAUUAGCUGUCGCUCACCAACGGCUACUACAUCGCUGAUCCUGCCGCCCGUUAGCUAAGCUCCUCGUUCGUCGUCUUGCGAUUUGCGAUGCGAUUCCACGACGUUUGUCGUGUCGCUGCACCAAGCACAAGAAGGCCGUUGCCGCUGCAGCGCGAGAUUGAUGGGCUGCGCACGACGUGGGCCGUGAAUUCUCGGCCUGCUAUUUAGCUCAUAUGGUUGGGAGGCCCAUU